AUGGUUAAAAAAGGCGAUAAAGCAGUAUGUAUUUUAUGUUCAACCACAAUAGUAUGUAGAACAUCAUCUGUUAAACGACAUUAUGAAACUAAUCAUAAUUUUCUUUUGAAAAAAACAAAAGAAGAACAAAAAGAGUAUAUUCUACAAGCAAUUAAGAACAACAAUUUGCAGACAAAUACAUUAAUGAAGUUUGUAGGUAGCAAUUCAAAUAUUGUUGCCGCAAGUUUUGCUGUAUCAAAUGUCAUUGCAAAACGCGGAAAGCCCUUUUGCGAUGGAGAAUAUAUUAAAGAUUUGAUGCUGGAAACUGCAUCAUUUCUAUUUGAAGAUUUUUCUAAUAAAGAUAAAAUUAUGCAACGCAUAAAGGAUUUACCAAUAACCAGAAAUACUGUAAAAGAUCGGAUUUUAAAAAUUGCAGAAAAUAUCUUAAAUCAACAAAUUGCAGAUUUUAAGUUGUGCAAUGUAUUUUCAAUUUGUCUUGACGAGAGCACUGAUAUUACUGGUUCAGCUCGAUUAUCUAUAUUUAUUAGAUAUUUUGUUGGUAGUGAAAUUAAACUUGGUGUCAUACAAAUCUAG